AUGAUUUCUUCUUUUUUUUUCUCGCCUCCUCCUCUUCUUUUCGUUCCCCUCCGCCUCUCUCUUAACACCUCUUAUUUCUCUGGUCUUUUUAUUAUUGUCAUCGGGGACCAAAAUGUUUACUCCUGGCCCGAUGCCGACGAUACUUCUAGCGCCCGAUGGCCGCUGUCUUUUACCAGGGACAAAUGCAUCCAGUGGCUGACUGGCUAUUUUUCCUUUCCUUUUAUUUUUAAAGGCCUAUGGCCGCCCGAUUUCUUCGGUAGUGUCUCUUUCUCUCUUGGCUUGUUUUUAGCUGCCGUCCGUCACCGUCGUCGUCGUGGAAGACCUGUCUGGCAAGGCAGCAGUUACGCAUGCGCCACUACCGGAUGGCGCUAUGGCGGCCUAUGGCGCUUUAUUAUGGCCGCCUUUCUCUUUUUUUCUUUCUUUUUUCUUCAUCAUCAACUUUUUCUUCUCGUUCUCUUUCUGUCUUCAGUCUCCUCUUUCCCAUCCUUUCUUUCUCUCUCUCUCUCUCCCCCUCUCUCUUUUUAA